CAUUGUUUUUGUUCUGACUGACGUCACUUCCUGUAUUUUAAAUAUGGCGGAUAAAUGCAUGAAAAUGUCUUGCAGGCUUUCAAGCUUAUAAAAGUUAUUUUAUGACAUUACUUCGCUGCUAACCAAAACACAUCCCAGGGCAAUUUAAAGGUCUCCACUAUGAGCAGCAGAAGAAAACGCGCGCCACCCGUGCGCGUGGACGAGGAGGCCAAGAGGAGACUGAACUGGAAUAUGCAUGAAGAUCGAAGAGAUGAAGGGGACUUUGAAGUAGUUCAGGAGACAUUCCCAACAACAUCUGAUGUUCAGGAGACAUUCCCAACAACAUCUGACAGCUGUCACUCUCCAUCUGUGGAGAUCAGCCUGCAUGAGAAGGGAGAAGGAGGACCAUCAGAAGAGGGACCAAGCUGCUCCAUACAGGAUUCAGUUCCAGAUUCCACAGAACUGAGCGUGAUGCCUCUUUCUGCUCUGGAUCAAACCUGGAACGCACUGAUUGGAGAGUUUAACCUCUAUCCAAAGAUUCCCAUUGAACUUGGAGACUAUAUAAUUUCCCUUCGGCAAAAAGGCGACAGACUGGGUCUAAAUGUAAAUUGUCCGGGGGUUGAGGGGGGCAGCGGCGGUCCCGUGCCGGUGGAUUGUUCUUUUGGUGGAUUAUUGUUGGAGGAUCUGGACUGGCUACAGAAGAGAAAGAUCAUUAAUGUGUGUCACACAUCAGGAGAUAGAUCAGUGAAGCUGAAAAUAUUUCUUCUCGAUUCGGGAAUAGGAAGACCAGAAUUUCUCAGUGAAGGAAGCGGACGAAUCAAAAAAGCAAACCAACUUCUGCAGAAACUAAUGGAGUUUUUCUAUGACUUCAUCAUCCCUGAAGUGAUGGAGAACGAGGAGGAGGAGUGCGACACAGAUCUAGAACGUCAGAACGUCGAGGAGCUGUAUGAUUACGUCAGACAUCUCCACCAGACGGAGGCAUCCGAGCCGAGUUUCGACGUCCAGCACCCGAGUCUCAUUCCUGUGCUGAGAGCCUAUCAGAGUCAAGCUGUCAACUGGAUGCUGAAGAGAGAAAAAUACAACAGCAGCAGCCCUCAAGGACAAAGAUUGCACUUUCUUUGGCGAGAAGCGGUCACUGUUUGUGGCAAAAAACUCUUUUAUAAUCCAUACACUGGAUGCUUGAUCCGAGAGUUUCCUCUAGCUGGUCUUGACUGGCCCGGUGGGAUCCUUGCUGAUGAAAUGGGGCUUGGGAAAACUGUGGAAGUACUGGCUCUAAUUCUGUGUAACACCCGGCAAAACCUGGAGCAUGGCGCUCUCAAGUUGCCUGUGGGACAAUCUGUGAAUUAUUUUGUCCCUCCACCUCCACUAGAAAGACAAAGAACCAUUGUGCAUGAAGUGAGACCCAAAGAGAAGAUCAUAUAUCCAGCUGUUCGUGAGAUGUUGUUGACCGCGAUACAAGAAAUGAAAGUUGGAAAGGGAGCAUCAAUCAAUGCCAUUUUCACCUAUUUAAGGACAGCGUACAAGUACGACACCCUAAAGAACCGAAACCACAUAAAGAAAAUCCUGAGUAAACUCAUAAGCGAGAACAUUGUGGAGCAGAUCAAAGGACGAGGGUUAGCAGGAUCCUUCAAACUGGGGAAAAACUACAAAGAAAAGAAAAAGAAACCUGCCACCACUCAUACUAAGUCAACAGAAACAGCCACCUUUAGGAGAACAUCUCCACGUGUUUCUGGUCAUGAGAAAGACACAACAAUGACCUCCUACACCACAGCAUCAGAUUCUGAAGAUACAAUGAGCAGCAUGGAGCCUCCUCUCCUCACAGAGGAACUAAAAACCGAACCAAAAUCUCUUCUGGAGUCAAAGUACCCAGCCGACCACAGCAGCACCAACUCAGAGUACUCGCAACACAAGACCUCAGGAGAUAUCACAGAUGAAGAUGAUAAAGAAACAACCACGUGUCUUCAAGAAGUCUUCAAGAUUGAAAAUACAGAUUCAGAGCUUUCCAAAAAACCAGAACCCGAAACCCCGACCAGAGCGUCUGUGAUCCCGUUCAACACACCGGAUUACCGAUUCGAGUGCAUCUGUGGAGAGCUGGGCCUGGUGGAUUAUAAGGCUCGGGUCCAGUGCCUAAACUGUCUGUUGUGGCAACACGCCGAGUGUGUGAAUUAUAAAGAAGAGAACCUGGAAACCACACCGUUUUACUGCCCUCACUGUUUAGUGGCCAUGACGCCGGUGUCCACCGGUGCCACCCUGAUCAUCUCACCCAGCUCCAUCUGUCACCAGUGGGUGGAUGAAAUAAACCGGCACAUCCACGCUUCAUCCCUCAGAGUUCUGGUGUACCAGGGUGUGAAGAGACACGGUUUCAUCCAGCCGCACAUUUUGGCUGAGCAGGAUGUGGUCAUCACAACGUACGACGUGCUGCGUACUGAACUGAAUUAUGUUGACAUUCCUCACAGCAAUAGCAAAGAUGGCCGCCGAUUCCGCAACCAGAAGCGCUACAUGGCCGUACCGAGCCCUCUGGUGGCCGUGGAGUGGUGGCGCGUCUGCCUGGAUGAGGCUCAGAUGGUGGAGUGCACAACAGCAAAGGCUGCAGAAAUGGCCUUGCGUCUUACGUCUGUCAAUCGUUGGUGUGUCAGUGGAACUCCUGUACAAAGAGGAUUGGAAGAUUUGUAUGGUCUCGUGCUGUUCUUGGGAGUCGAUCCUUACUGGGUCAAGUAUUGGUGGGACCAGUUGCUCUAUCGUCCGUAUCGCCACGGCAACACCGGCCCUCUCUACAAUGUCAUCGGUCAACUACUGUGGCGAUCUGCCAAAAAAGAUGUCAUUGAUCAGAUCCAGAUUCCCCCUCAGACCGAAGAGAUCCACUGGCUGAACUUCUCCCCUGUAGAAGGACAUUUUUAUCACCGACAGCAUGAGGUUUGUUCCCAGGAUGCUCUUCUCAAGCUGAGGAAGAUCUCUGAUUGGUCGCUGAAGCUGGGCAGUUUGGACCGGCGUACCGUCUCGACUAUACUGUACCCGCUGCUGCGUCUGCGUCAGGCCUGCUGUCACCCGCAAGCCGUCAGAGGAGAAUUUCUGCCUUUUCAGAAAAGCACAAUGACUAUGGAGGAGUUGUUGAAGUCCCUGCAGAAGAAAUGUCGUGUGGAGUGUGAAGAAGCCCACAGGCAGCUGGUUUGUGCUCUCAACGGUCUGGCAGGAAUCCACAUCAUCAGAGGUGAGUUUUUGGAUGCGGUGGAGAUGUACAGAGAGGUGCUCCGUUCAUCUGAAGAGCAUAAAGACAGAUUGAAAACCGAUUCACUUCAGAGGCUUCAUGCUACUCACAAUCUGAUGGAACUUCUAAACGCAAAGCAUCCUGGGAUUCCUCCAACUCUGAGAGAUGACCGUCUGAAGGAUGAGGCUGAACAGUUGAAACAGCAUUACAUGGCCAAAGUGAACUCGGAGGUGUCGGAAGCCCAUCAGAACCUUCAGCCUGUUCUUCAGCACAUUAAAGAGCUAAAGCGCAAGGUGAACCUUCGCUCCCCCUGGUGGCUGGAUGUCACACAGCAGACCAUUCAGCACUCCAUUGACGACGACCUCGUGAGUCGGAUUCAGAAUGAGCUCUCGUGCAGCUAUAAACAAGAAGCCAACAAGCUCUCAUUGGCUGACAAGUUUCGGGAUGCCCGUGGUCUCCAGUUUUUGCUCGGCACUCAAAUGGAUGAUUUGAUGAAAUCGCAGAAAACCGUUCAGGAUGCCGUAAAGAAGCUGGAGGGACCGCCGUCGCAACAAGUCAUCGAGGAAUCGACACUCUGCCACCUGCGACCCCUUCGACUGCCACUAAACAACUGUGUGUUUUGCAAAGCCGAUGAGCUUUUUACGGACUACGAGUCAAAGCUGUUCUCUCACACGGUCAAGGGACAGACGGCCAUCUUUGAGGAAAUGAUUGAAGAUGAAGAUGGACUGGUGGAUGAUAGACUUCCCACCACCAGUCGUGGAUUAUGGGCGGCCAGCGAGACGGAGCGAGCCCUUAAAGCCAUUCUGUCAUUCGCUAAGAUCCGCCGCAUGGAGUCUGGCCUUAUAGAGGAAGGAAACGCUUUUAUGGAGCUCUUCGAGUAUUGGAAAAAGGAAUAUAAGCUGUUGCACGAGUACUGGAUGUCUCUGCGAGAUCAUGUGUCGGCUAUAGAUGAACUGGGCAUGGCCACAGAGCGUCUGCGUGUGCGGUUACCAGAUGAACCCAAACCCAAAGUCCUGCAUAUUAUAGAGCCACACGAGGUGGAACAGAACCGAAUCAAGCUGAUCAAUGACAGAGCAGUCGCCAAAUCACAACUGCAAAAAAAACUUGGACAGUUUUUGUACCUUACAAACCUGGAGAAGUCCCAGGACAAAUCCACAGGCGGUCUAAACCCAGAACCGUGUCCCAUCUGCGCUCGCCCCCUGGGCCAGGAGUGGGCUGUACUCACCUGUGGACACUGUUUCUGUAACGAAUGCAUCGCCAUCAUCGUGGAGCAGUACAGCGUCGGCAACCGACGAAGAGCCAUAAAGUGUGCGAUAUGUCGACAGACCACCUCACAUUCAGAGAUCUCUUACGUCUUCACAACUCAAAGCGCCGACGAGGGCCAGGACAUCCCAGUGAAGGGUAGCCACUCCACGAAGGUCGAAGCUGUGGUUCGAGUCCUAAAAAAAAUCCAGAUGACCGACCCGGGAGCAAAGUCUCUGGUGUUCUCCACGUGGCAGGGCGUCUUGGACAUCAUUGCAAAAGCUCUUUUCGACAACAACAUGGAGUUUGCGCAGAUCAAUGGCAUUCACAAAUUUCAGGAGAACCUGAGUGCUUUCAAAUACGAAGAGAAGAUCAACAUCCUUCUGCUGCCGCUGCACACGGGUUCAAAUGGUCUAAACAUCAUUGAGGCGACGCAUGUGUUGCUGGUGGAACCGAUCCUAAACCCCGCCCAUGAGCUGCAGGCUAUCGGGAGAGUGCAUCGGAUUGGCCAGACUAAACGUACGUUCGUUCAUCGGUUCCUGAUUAAGUCCACGAUUGAGGAACGCAUGCAGGCCAUGCUAAAAACAGCAGAAAAGACUCACAGUUCUGCACCCAUGAAACAUUCGGAGGCCUCUGUGUUUACCGUGGCAGACCUGGCCGAGCUGUUCACAGAGGACGGUGAAGCUCUUGAGUAAACUUUACAGACCUGCCAGUUUGAAGAACAUUAAAACACAACUACUGUA